AUGUUAAUCAAGAACGCCAGAAACAACAAAAACCUCAAGAUCAUGGAUCCCGAUUGCGCCAUAUGUUCUCAGCCAGCUAUCGCAAAAUGCGAGUGCGAAGCGAAUGGCCUUACCGUCGCUGUGAGGCAGGCUGAACAGAGAAUGAUGACUAGUGUUUACAACGAUAUAAGAACAUGGGUCCGCGGCCACGCACAAGAUUACAUCCUCUCCUACUUCAGUGUCCUCACCACUCGCCGUAAAGACGAACAUGCCGCCCAAAUUCACCGCAUAACCGAACGAGCAGCCUACUACUACAACGCACGUCCGCACCCAUCUGAAAUUGCAGCAGCCGAUUCAGAACUCAAACGCGGCAUUGACGAAGAUUGGCGCGCAAGCGUACAACGCUACCCGGAAGUCCUCGAGUAUUUCUUCAGUUUAGUUGAAUUAACUUUACCCAGCGAUGAAGAACCUGGUGUUCGUGACCCACCUUUAUCAGCAUUGGGUGGUGGUGGUGGAAGGAAAGUCAGAUUAAGUGAGCCUGGUCCACCAAGAGGGUCAACGCCUGCUGUAUCGGAUGGAGGAGAAGAAAGGGAGAGAGAUAGGAGGAGAGAACAGAGGAGGAUUGGCACGCCAGCUAAUGACAGAGAAAGACAUGUCGAGAGACAGAGAAGAGAUAGUAUGAGGGCUGAAGGAAGAAAUAGACCGAUGACUGCACCGCCGCCACCAGGAGGUCCACAUAUGGCGCCUGCACAUAAUCCACAUAGAAACUCGAGGGCUGCUCCACAAUAUGCUCCUACGCCAGGAUAUGCAUAUGUUGCCCCUUAUUGA